GAUGUCCUCUCUGUAAUUAGAGUUAGACUCAGUAAAUGAGAGGUUGGAUCUUGGGCUGGACCAGGCUGAGGCCCUCCCUGACUAUUUAAGCUGCUUUCCAGCACUGUGCAGAUUUUUAUGGAAAUUCUUGUCUCUGCAACCACAUUUUCAAAUAACAUCAGCAGAGAAAGCAGAAAGACUUGAGGUGUUCAAAAUGUCCAUCGCCCAGGCAGCGGCCAAGGCCAUGCUAUCUGAUGCCCUGCUGCGGGAUGACUCUGGGAUACACCGUAUCAGCCACCUGGAACUGGAGCUUCCUCUUGACAAGGUCAUCAAGUUUGUGUCUGUGGGCCUUCCGCUGAUGCUGGUGUGCAUGGCAUUUGCCCGUGAAAUCUCCCUGGGGCCUCAGAUCAGCUGUUUUCCUCCCACUAACUUCACUGUGAAGCAGGCCAGCUAUGUAGACACAUACUGCUGGGACUCUCUCAUGCAUCAUGAGUUUGACAGUGAUGGGAACUUCGAGGAGCGCUCCCUCUGGGUACACAAAAUGUUCCCUUACUCUCUUUUGGCCAUGGCCGUGCUGAUGUACCUCCCAGCUCUAAUCUGGCGCCAGCUUGUCAUGCCCACACUGGGAUCAGACCUGCUCUUCAUAAUUGAUGAACUGGACAAGUCCUACAACCGCUCAGUGCGAAUGGCCCAAAACAUUCUGGAUAUGCGCCAGAACACUAAGAACCCACUGACGUUUCAGGCUGAGUUGCAGCGGGCCAAGAAGAAGCGGUACUUUGAGUACCCCCUUCUGGAGAGACACAUGCAGUGCAAACAAAACUCAUACUUUCUUGUUAGCAUGCUUUUCUUGCGAGGCUUCCUCCUCCUGAUCUUCAUGACUGCUGCCUGCCUGUACCUGGCCUACUUCCAUCUGUCUGCCUUCCUACAGGAUGAGUUUAGCUGCUUCGUACGCACAGGGAUGCUGCGAGAUCAGAACUGGGUCCCUGAAUUGGUUCAGUGUAAAAUGAUUGGCCAGUUAGUCUUUCAGGUGAUAAGUGUUGCUAAUGGUGCCAUCUAUAUCCUAUUGGCACCUAUCGUCCUCUUCAGCCUCCUUCGACUCUUUGUUUGGGAUACCACCUUCAUUUCUAUCUAUGAGGUCCUCCCAGCGCUGGACCUCAUCAACAGACGACGGCUAGGUUGCCCACUGAACGACCUCAAUGUCCUCUUGCUCUUCUUGCGUGCCAACAUAGCUCACUUGAAGUCCUACGGGCAGGUGAGGGCUUUGUGUUCUCUGGCACCUCCACAGGUGGGGAACACCACAGCACAACAAGGUUUACAUGCAAUGCUGACCCAAGAGGAAAUAGAGGAGCGUGAAGAGGCAGCAAAGGAGCUUGCUGAGGAAGUUGGGGAGGCCAGGGAGGAAGGGAAACUCAACUUAGUGGACAUCAUGACUAUUCUGGGAGCAGCACAGGGAAGAGUGGUGAACUGCAAUGAGAAGAGGCCUCUGGUGGAGGAGAACAUGAGUCUCGGUACCGUAACACUUAUCUACACACUUAAACGCCUUCUGCUAGUGGCUAUUUUUGUCUACAUCAUUUGGGAUGUACAGAAAAUCAUUAAGUGACCUCCAGACUACAGAUACAGGUUCUAAAAAGGGAAUAACAAAUGCUUUACAUAUAUAGUAGGGUGGCUUUAGCAGUGCUCAUUGUAUAGAAAUGAAGGUCAUAUCCAACAGGACUUGAAGGAACCAGUUUGAUAAGCAGUGGCAACUAAAGAAUCCAAGUCACAAUAUUUUUUCUGUGUGGUUUUAAACUGCACUGCUGUAUGUAACCACAGCAGAGCACCUACAUUUCUAAAAGAGUCUUUUCAAAACACUGGCUUAUGCUUAGAUUGAUAGAUACGUUGAUAGAUAGGUAGUUAUAGAGUUGUGGUACUUCCUGGUCCUAACUGCCCUCUCCGUCUCUUUACAGAGCCAAACCACCAGGGGUACCAUGAGUUGAAGGAGACUGCACCAUUUAGUCAUUACUAGGCAUCCUAUGGACUUGAUCAAUAUGAUAACAUGGGGGAAUAAGAAAGGGAAGGGGUGGGCUGAAAACAAAACAAAACAAAAACAUUUUUUGAGUUAUACGACAAAAAGUUCUGGCUGUAAAUGUCAAUGGAGCAGGAUUUGUCAGUUUUCUACAGUAUCUGCCAUUGAAUUUCUUUGUGUCUCUCAGUAUGGGUGACUGAAUUACUAAAAGACAGUGUGCAAGAGAACACUUUUUGACAACGUGACAUUUGUCAGAAAUCAGAAUUCGGUAAAUAUACAGUCCAUACAGUACGCUACUGUACACUCCUGAUUUCCAUCAAGACACAAAAGAACAUAUUCAGUGGCAGCUAUGGGUUCUGUUCAUUUUCCGCAACUUCCAUUGCAUAAUUUUAUACAAGGUGAGGGUACUGAAUAUUUUAUUUGAUGUAUUCCUGUCUUUUAUCCUUUGUUUUCUGUGAAUUACAAACACUUGUAUUCUAUAUA